AAGAGACUCCUGAAAGGUGAGACAUCCUUCCACGAUCAACGGAUCUUGUUGACAUUACGCUCCUAGCACAGCUCCAUGUGUUGAGUCAUCGAUCCCGUGGAAACCAGUGUUUAACAUCGUUCAUGUGACCAUCAUGACACACGAUCAAUCGCGACGCGAUGGCGGAGCACCCGCGGAGGGAAUGACAGCAAGACCACUGGAAAAUCGAAAGCAAGAAACAGGGCCUAGCGAGGCGACACAGCUUGCCAAUCCAACUGAAAAGGCUCGCGCAUCGGUGCCCGAGUUCAAAAAGGUCUCGGAAACCUGGAACGAACAGUCAUACAAGUACGAGAUUGUCGAGUCACGGACUGUUAAAGAUCAAGAAAGCCACGAUGAGUACAUUUUCCUUGUGCGUGAACGGGUUGAUCGGAGAUCACAGGAGGUGACAUCGUACAUUGACGUGAAAUCGGAAUGGCUGCGCGAUAUCCUGCGUGAGCUGUUGCACCACGUCAAGGCUGUUAGCCUGAUGGAAGACAGACCAUCGAUCGAGCAAAAUAUCUUAUUUCAUUUCCUCCCAGAGCUCGACAAGUGUGCGGAUAGCUUGGAGGGUGACCCAGACAGUGAAUCCACAUGCUUGAAGCAUUUGCGCCUGCUCAUCGACCACCUGAAGCACGCAUAUGCUUCUACUUCAGAACGUCUCGGUUCAAUGUUACAGCAUGGCCAUAUCACCUAUGAGCUUCUCUGGGCACUUUUCAAGCCCGGCUUCCACGUUUAUACCACCUGCUUUGGAUCAGGAGAGCCGCGAUGUGUUGUAUUCGACGCUGGGGAAGAGACGACGCAAGACAGCGUGGAAUUUUACAAGCUCGAGUGUCGGUUCCUUGACUACGAUGGAGUCAAGUUUGGGGAGACAGGCAUCUAUUUGCGCAUUCUGAAGUUCCGGGGAUCGAAACCAAUUGAGACUCUCGAGGCUUUUCCUCUACACCAUCAUCCGAGUCGCCAACAAGUCCGCAAAAACCUGGUAGAAAGAGGUCGGAAGUUCCGUGAUCUGGCCGGUUUGCACAUUCAACACUGUACCGGCAACGCAUUCUUCAUGGAAAACGGCAAGCCCAUUCGAAUCAAUCUCAACAGUCAGGUGGGUGUUGACGCAGCGUUUUUCCGAGAAAUGCUGCCGAAUUAUUCCCGACCCAGGCUCCAUGACAUCCGGGCAAAAGAAAACGAGGGUAUUUCGAUCAUUGAGAUUGAUACACUGAUAAGUGAUAAACGUGAGCAAGAGAAGGAAAAAAUGCAAAAAGAUAGCGUGGAAGCGCAACAAAUGAGCGAGAGCGAUUUUUUGGUCUGUUGUCCGACAAUUUGCUGCUUCAGCUUCAAGAAGAAGAUGUUCUUGGAAUGUGCGGUCGGUGCUCUUCAGGACGUGCAGUGGUCUCUCACGUCCUACAACGAUCUGAAGGUAGCCUCAAAGACCAAGACACUCAUCUCAUCGCUGACAAAAACCCGUCUGGGCUUGGUGCAAACCAUUCCAUUUGAUAAUGGGAUCGAUGGCAAGGGCCUCGGCCUGAACAUCCUUUUACAGUACGCUGGCAAGAACCCUUUCUCGGUUGCUUCAAGUCUGACGUUUCCUAGUGGCCCGCCCGGUGUCGGAAAGACCUUUACCGUCGAGGCAACCUCGGAGCGGUUCAAGCUCCCACUCUAUUCAAUAUCGGCCGGUGAACUUGUUGUCGACCACGGUGAUUCCCAUGCGCUCGAGCAGCAACUCGAAAACAUAUUCAAGAUUUCCAAGCACUUCAAUGCCGUGCUUCUCUUAGAUGAGGCAGAUGCGUUCAUGGAGCAGCGUACCUCCUACCACGAUACCCACAAUCGCCUCGUGACCGUUUUUCUUCGGAAGUUGGAAUAUUACCAAGGAAUCCUCUUCCUAACAACGAAUCGGAUGAUACAAUUCGACGAAGCAAUCAUGAGCCGCAUCCAUCUGACCAUCAAAUAUGAGGAUCUAACAAGAGAAUUUCGCAGGGAGAUCUGGGAGCAUUCAUUGUCCAAAGCACACACAGUCCAGGGUCCUGCGGUAGUUAAGCUCGAUGAGUUGCAACAGUUGGACAAUAUUCGUCUGAAUGGACGAGAGAUCAAACACCUUACUUCUAUUGCCCACGCCCUUGCCACAGUGGACGGAGAGCCAGUGAGCUACAAACAUCUGGAAAAGGCGGCGGAAUCGAGUGAAAAGCUCUUAGAGAAGUUCGGUCAGGAGAGUCGUAUUGAUGGAAUGUACGUCUAGGAUUACGGGAAACUCUUUGGGGACUUCAUCGCAGACUUCAUCGCAGUAGUUCAGUGCACAACAGUCUCUAGAGGUUUAUAGAUUACAUAAUGAAAUAGAAAUCUGCAAUGUUUUGGUUUUUGGCGCUUGAUUCAGUGUGAGACGGACAGACUGACCCGCGGUGAGGACUCUGGAGUUACUGCUGGUCGUGUCACUCAACACUAUCGUCACGACCUUUCAGACAGAUUGGAUUGGCAUCCACUGGAGACGGUUCUGUCUAUAUCUUAUGCCCUGGCGCCAAGUUGAUCGGUUCUGAUUAACUGGCUGAAACGCAGAUAGC